AUGGUGAUUUUCCCACGUAAAGAAGGUCCAUAUGUGGUUAAAUUAGUCGAAGAUGGCUGGAACAAAUUAGUCGCUGAAAGAAGAACCAGAGGAGCGAAAACCAGAGGUGAUUCUUAUGUCGAGUGCGCAAAAGUUCAAAUUGUAGACACUGAAAGAAGAUACAAUGUACUUGUUAAGUACGCAACGGAUUUGCCGCCCAUAUAUAUGUUAUUACGUUCAAUAUUUGAUAUGAAGACUCAAAGGGACCCUUUGACUAUUAGUUGUCACAAAGGAGAUAUAGCAAUAAGUAUACUAAAAAAAUCAAAUAGUGGCUGGUCACAAAAAACUCACUACUUUUAUCCUUUCUUCUCCCUCUUCUACUUCAAUCUAAAAUUCACUUCAAGAGAAGGAUAA